CUGUUUUUGUCUCUGCAGAGUCUUCUUUCGACUUCACGCGCUGACUUCUGUAGUGUCGAGGGGAGUCCUUGGGGACACCUCGACACGCAGUGGAGAUGCCUCUCUUUGCCACCAAUCCCUUCGAUCAGGAUGUUGAGAAGGCAACCAGUGAGAUGAAUACUGCUGAGGACUGGGGCCUCAUCUUGGAUAUUUGUGAUAAAGUUGGUCAGUCUCGCACUGGACCUAAAGAUUGUCUUCGGUCUAUUAUGAGGCGGGUAAACCAUAAAGAUCCUCAUGUUGCUAUGCAAGCUUUGACUCUUCUGGGAGCAUGUGUAUCAAACUGUGGCAAAAUUUUUCAUUUGGAAGUAUGUUCAAGAGAUUUUGCUAGUGAAGUAAGCAACGUAUUAAAUAAGGGUCAUCCUAAAGUAUGUGAAAAAUUAAAAGCUCUUAUGGUUGAAUGGACAGAUGAAUUUAAGAACGAUCCACAGCUUAGUUUAAUAUCAGCAAUGAUUAAGAAUCUUAAGGAACAAGGAGUUACAUUUCCAGCAGUUGGCUCCCAGGCUGCAGAACAAGCAAAAGCAAGCCCUGCUCUAGUAGCCAAGGAUCCUGAAACUGUGGCUAACAAGAAGGAAGAAGAAGAUUUAGCAAAAGCUAUUGAGUUGUCCCUAAAGGAGCAAAGGCAACAGCCAACCACACUUUCUAGUUUGUAUCCAAGCACAUCCAAUCUCUUAACUAACCAUCAACAUGAAGGUCGAAAAGUUCGUGCUAUAUAUGACUUUGAAGCAGCUGAAGAUAAUGAACUUACUUUUAAAGCAGGAGAAAUUAUUACAGUUCUUGAUGAUAGUGACCCCAACUGGUGGAAAGGUGAAACACAUCAAGGCAUGGGAUUAUUUCCCUCAAAUUUUGUGACUGCAGAUCUCACUGCUGAACCAGAAAUGAUUAAAACAGAGAAGAAGACAGUGCAAUUUAGUGAUGAUAUACAAGUAGAGACAAUAGAGCCUGAGCCGGAACCUGCCUUUAUUGAUGAAGAUAAAAUGGACCAGUUGCUUCAAAUGUUGCAAAGUGCAGAUCCCAGUGAUGAUCAGCCAGAUUUACCAGAGUUGUUACAUCUAGAAGCAAUGUGUCACCAGAUGGGACCUCUCAUUGAUGAAAAAUUGGAAGAUAUUGAUAGGAAACAUUCAGAACUCUCAGAACUUAAUGUAAAAGUAAUGGAAGCACUUUCAUUGUAUACAAAGUUAAUGAAUGAAGAUCCAAUGUAUUCCAUGUAUGCAAAAUUACAGAAUCAGCAGUAUUAUAUGCAGUCACCUGGUGUUUCAGGUUCUCAGGUAUAUCCAGGGCCUCCUCAAAGUGGUGCUUAUCUGGUUGCAGGGAAUGCACAGAUGAGCCAUCUCCAGAGCUACAGUCUUCCCCCGGAGCAGCUGUCUUCUCUCAGCCAAGGAGCAGUUCCACCAUCUGCAAACCCAGCCCUUCCUAAUCAACAAGCUCAGACAUCUUAUCCUAACACAAUGGUCAGUUCUGUCCAAGGAAAUACAUAUCCCAACCAGGCUUCAGUAUAUAGUCCUCCUCCUCCUCCUGCUGCUGCUGCUGCUGCUGCUGAUGUUACUAUAUACCAGAAUGCAGGAACUAAUAUGACCCAGGUGCCAAACUAUAGCUUGACAUCAACAACUCUGCCUCAGCCGGCAGGCGGUCAACAACCACCUCAGCCACAGCAACCAUAUUCUCAGAAGGCUCUUCUAUAGGACAUGGAUUCCCCUUUGUGGCACUUAUAUGCAGCCGACAACAUUAUGAGAUUCUUUAAUGUCUUAAGAUUUGUUUAUCCUCAACUUAUAGGAAUCUGUCUUGGUCGACAAAUUUAAAUACUCAAGAAAAUAGAACUCAAUUCAAUUUGCACUGACCUUUUAAGAGUUCUCCUACUCUCUACCUUCCACCCAAAGGAAUGAAACUACUUACAACAUUUAAUUCCUUUCAUAAUAUGAAAGAAUUGAAAUAGGAUUGUCUUGUAAAAUUACCUAUUCUGAAAAAAAGGUCACACUUACAGAAAGCUGUUGUGACGAAUACGAUGUACAUAUGUAUUGAUGUAUAACUUUAUUAGUGGCCAUUUGAAUCACAGUAGUGAUCAUGUGAAUAUAUUUAACACUGUUAAAUUCAUUUACAUUACUAUUUUAUCUUAAUCAUGAACCACUACCAUGUUUCAUAAUGUUUUAUGUGACUUUAAGAUAGUUAUAAUGUCUUUUUAAACUGCAAAAGAAGAAAAUUGUCUGGUAUUUCCAUGAAGGCAUUAUGUUGUCCUUGUUUUAGUUUCGCAUUAAACUCAACUUUCAUUUUACCAACUGUGAGCUAAAAUGUAUAAUACAACUUUCUGUAGCCUCUGCACACUACCAGCUGUCAUCACACCAGUGUACAAUAGCUAAAUAUUGGUGCGGAUAUAUAGUAAAUUAGAAAUUUCCCUAUUAAAACUUUUGCAUAUUGGCGUGAUAUUUCAAAAUAUUGUGGGACCAUGUGACAAAUGAAAUAGGAUCACAUUCUUUAUAUCUUAUUAUUAAGAAAAUAAUGUCAGUUUUGGUUUUUUCCUGGUUGAACAUAGAAAUUAGGUUUUUAAGCUGUAUACUGUGUUUAUUGGUGGCAGUGACACCAAAGAUAGAGGCGUUGACUAGAAAUUUUUAAACUGGAAAACAAAAAAGAACCAUGAAUUAACACUACGUGUUCAGAGUCUUUUGUGAUUUUUUAGAAUACAAAUUUGAUUCACCUGUCUUGCCCCACUUUUAGUCUUUUUAAAUGUGUCUUUAACACAUUAUAAACUUUAAUGCUUUUAUUAAAUUGGAUAUAAGUAGAUAUUUCAUAGU